AUGGCAACCGGCGUGGACGCAAAGCUCCUCAAGAGCACAAAGUUUCCACCCAUCUUCAACCAGAAGGUGGACACACAGAAGGUCAACCUACAGCCCGACAUCAAGUCCCUUCAGAUCCAGCUUACCGGCUUCCUCGAAUCCCAGACCCCCGAGUUUUGCAAAGAACUAUGGACUCUGCUUCUCAGUGCCCAGUCCAGCCCACAGGGCAUUCCAAGAGAACUCUUGGAGGCAAAGAAGAUGGAGCUGAUCCAGGAAAAGAUUGAGGCUGAGAAAGCCGCCGAUGAAGCACGCCGGAAGCGCAGCGAAGUCGGCCGUUUUGACCGCGACCGGCCACCCCGGGGUGGGGACCGAGGAGACUCGUGGAGGGGUGGUGCUGGCGGAGGACGCCGAGGCAACGACAGCCGUCGUGGCCGGAGGUCGUUCCGCGGAAACGAUGGCUCAGUGGGCGGCGGUGGCCAGGGCGGUCGUGGCGGAGACCGCGAUCAAACACCGCUAGGGCGCGGACGUGGCAACUUCCGGAGCGAUCGUGGUGAUGGAUUUCGAUCCGCUCAACACGAUCUCUAUGUUCCCAACGACCGCCGUGUGCGGGGCAACGACCGCCGGGGCGACUACCACCGCCGGCAGUCAACAUCCCGGUCAUCCUCUUACUCUCGCUCUCGCUCAACCUCUCGCUCAACCUCAGAACGUUUUGGCUCUUCAUACUCUCGCUCUCGCUCUCGGUCCGAAUCUCGAUCCCGCUCUCGGUCGCCUCCUCGUCACCGCGCCCAGGAUACCGAAGCCAGUGCCAGUGGAGACAAGCGGUUGCGGUCGCCACCUCGGACGCAACGUGAUGGUCGUAAAAAUGGCGGGUUGUCUCGCGGACGAUCACCGUUGGCCAGUCGCUCACCUAUCGCAAAACGCCGUCGGUACUCGCUAUCUCGUAGCCGAUCGCGUGAACGAGGCCGCCGGUCGGCACGGUCUGUAUCUUCGAGCGGCUCAUCCAGGUACUCGCGCAUUGACAACAGCAGAACCCCCCCGACCCGUCGUCGGCGAGGUGACCGCGACCGCAGCUACAGCUCCAGCCGGAGUCGCAGCAGAAUCAGAAGCAAGACCCCUCUCUCUGACGAGGACAAUACAGGCCGCACAGUGGGACACGGCAAUGGCCGCAAUAGAGGUGGUGUGAAACGUGGUGGGCCAUUGGGCCAGCGAAGGCGGCGUGAUUCUUCCUCUGGGUCCUCGCGCUCACGUUCGCGCUCCCGUACACCCUCGAGAUCGCAAAACAAGUCUGCUGAUGUUCCCAACAAAGAAGACAGACCCGCAACCAAAGCAGCCUUGCCUCCUGCCGCAGCUGUGGAUGCCACCACAUCCAAAACAAAUGUAACAAGCACUUCGAGCGUGAACCCGCCGGCCAAAGAUUCACAGACCAAAACGGCCGAGCGGCUCGCCAACGAGAAGCGCGAGAAAGAACUCAGGGAGCGAAUCAAACAAAUGAGAUCCUCGAAGUCUAGAUCGUGA